AUGAGUGUCAAAGAAGUCUCCCUCACUCCCUUCACCGACCAGAAGCCCGGAACCUCCGGCCUCCGGAAAAAGGUCGUCGUCUUCCAACAACCCCAUUACAGCGAAUCCUUCGUCACCUCUAUCCUCCUCUCAAUCCCGGAAGGCGUCAAGGACAGUUUCCUGGUUAUUGGCGGUGAUGGACGAUACUGGAACCCCGAGGUCGUGCAGUUGAUUGCCAAGAUUGGAGCUGCGUAUGGCGUGAAGAAGCUUCUGAUCGGCCAGCAUGGUAUUCUGAGUACACCUGCUGCUUCCCACAUUAUCAGGAAACGCAAGGCAACCGGUGGUAUCUUGUUGACUGCAAGCCACAAUGCUGGAGGUCCUAAGAAUGAUUUUGGUAUCAAGUACAACCUUGCGAAUGGUGGACCAGCUCCGGAAUCAGUUACGAACAAAAUUUUUGAAGCUUCCAAGAGCUUGACCUCCUACAAGAUCGCCGAUAUCCCAGAUGUGGACAUUGCUACAAUUGGAACCAAGACAUACGGCUCGUUGGAGGUGGAGAUCAUUGAUUCGACCGCAGACUAUGUGGAUAUGCUGAAAGAUAUCUUUGACUUCCCUCUGAUCAAGAAGUUUUUCCAAACACAUACCGACUUCAAGGUCCUCUUCGAUGCUCUAUCCGGUGUCACCGGCCCUUACGGCAAGGAUAUCUUCGAACGAGAAUUCGGUCUCUCAAGCUCUAGCACACAAAACUGUAUUCCUUCGCCAGAUUUCAAUGGUGGUCACCCAGAUCCUAAUCUCACAUAUGCACACUCUCUCGUCGAGGCUGUUGACAAGGGAAAGAUCCACUUUGGAGCUGCAAGUGAUGGAGACGGAGACCGUAACAUGAUUUACGGAGCUAAUGCUUUCGUCUCGCCUGGAGACAGUCUGGCAAUCAUCGCUCACCAUGCCAAGCUCAUCCCCUACUUCAAGAAGCAAGGUGUCCACGGCCUUGCCCGUAGUAUGCCAACAUCCGGUGCCGUCGACCUUGUAGCUAAGGCUCAAGGACUAAACUGCUACGAGGUUCCUACAGGCUGGAAAUUCUUCUGCGCUCUGUUCGAUGCCGAUAAGCUUUCUAUCUGUGGUGAAGAGUCUUUCGGUACAGGAAGCAACCACAUCCGUGAGAAAGAUGGUCUAUGGGCUGUUGUGGCUUGGUUGAACAUCAUUGCUGGUAUCGGAGAAGCGAACCCAGAUGUUACUCCUAGCAUUGCAAAGAUCCAGCAUGACUUCUGGACUACAUAUGGUCGUACUUUCUUCACUCGAUAUGAUUAUGAAAAUGUCAGCAGUGAGGGUGCUGCAGAGGUCGUGAAAGGUUUGACCGAGAAGAUUGCGGAUAAGUCGUUUGUUGGUAGUAAGAUUGGCGACCGCACAGUCGCCGAAGCAGGUGACUUCUCGUACACCGAUCUUGAUGGCAGCGUCUCGCCCAACCAAGGUCUUUAUGUGAAGUUCUCUGACGGCUCUCGCAUCGUGGUCCGACUUUCCGGCACCGGCUCAUCUGGCGCUACAAUUCGUCUGUACAUUGAAAAACACACUUCAGAUGCUUCAACGUACGGAAAAGAUGCCCAGGAUUUCUUGAAGCCCGAUAUUGACCUUGCUACUGGCUUCUUGAAGUUCCAGGAACAUAUCGGACGGACGGAGCCGGAUGUCAAGACAUAG